CUGCCUGACGAAAAUCACUCUCCACCGCAUCGAUUAUUCUUCCCUUCUGCGCCAUCCUUAUCCCCAACCGCAAAGAUGCCCGGAAAAGAGCUGCCUGAUCGCUGCAUGAACUGCCAUGAGGCGCCACCGAUCUUCACCCUCCGGGGUCGUCGCGUGUGCCAAGAAUGCUAUAUCCGCUUCUUGAGCCUCAAGCCCUUCAAGCGCAUGGAGGCCUAUCGUCUCCGGAAAAAUAUGCCCAAGACCGGUCCCUGCAAAUUGUUGCUACCUCUCUCAUACGGCGUCUCGUCCACCGUGCUACUGCACAUGCUACAUAAGCAAAUUGAGGUGCUACGCUCCAAGCAACAUGGCCCCGCGGGCUUCGAAAUUCUCGUCCUGGUCGUGGAUCCGUCCACGAUCUCUUCCGUCGCUUCUCAUAACGAAGGCUUCGAACUCGCGACAAAUACCUUCCCGCUUUGCUCAUUUACCCAAUUGCCUUUCCACAGUAUCUUCGAACUGGACCCCGAUGUUCAACAGAUCAUGUCGCAGUAUGCUGGGGAGGGUUUCACGGAUGACACGAGUCUACCGAACGAGGAGCGGCUCAAUGCCUUCCGUCAAUCGAUCACGACGGCCACUUCCAAGUCGGACGUCGACCGUAUCUUGUUGAACAAACUCAUCGUUGCUUUCGCAAAGAAGAUGGAAUGUCGGGGCAUAGUGUGGGGUGACUCGGAUAGCAAGCUCGCUGCCAAGACUCUUGCCAACGUUGCGAAAGGACGUGGUUCUGCAGUGACGUGGCAGGUGUGCGAUGGGAUGUCUCCUUUUGGCUUGGAAUUCAACUUUCCCCUCCGGGAUGUGUUCACGGUGGAGACGCAAACCUACGCCAGUCUCUUUCCGGAACUUACUCCCAUCAUCAUUCAUGAUGAGCCUCCCUCAGAGAACACACUCACCAAAAACCUGUCUAUCGACGAACUGAUGAUACGUUAUGUCAGUACUCAGGGAGAGAAAUAUCCUGGUGUCAUGUUGAACGUGACAAGAACCGCCAGCAAGUUACAAUCGUCGGCUACAUCUACUGGUGGGCCACAGUGCGACUUCUGCGGAGCUUAUAUGACCAGGAGCGGAGAAACCACGAACGGAGAAGAGGAAAAAGAGCACCUUCAAUUUUGUUACGCCUGUGCUCGGUCCCGGCCACAACUGACCUGCUAAGGUUAUUCUGAGGCAUAAGCCCGCUGGAUGUCCUCGUGUUGUUCAUAUGUAACAGCAUUAUUUUGUCCGCCGAGAUGAUUGUGCAUUAUCAAUCACUCCUCUCUCCAGGUCCUCCUCCCGACGAGCUCCUCCGCCAAACCAUCGGCCUUGCGACCGGUUUCUCCUUGGAUGCCGUGCUGCUUGAGGCUUCGCUGGACCAUCAGUGUCCCUACUAUGCGGCUGGCCUUUGUGCCUGGAUGGCUCACCCGAUGCAUCCUCAUCAUACCGGUCGAACUCGUCCGGCAAGCUCAUGUCCUCCACAUCGUGCCUCCUCUCUUGUCUCUCAAGUGCCUUGGCCCCCUUUUCUCGCAAAUGUUUCUCUAAGAGGACGGCAUUUC